AUGGAGCAGGAGAUAUUACUACGCAUGCGUACAGGUACCUCAACGACAAAAGGAGCUGAAAAUAAGUCCAUGCUUCGUCACGAAAACGCGUCGCUGGUUACCCAUUUGCUGCCAUCAAGAAGGCGCAUGUGGCUGGCUUACCUGCUCUUGGUGGGCAGUGUACUGUAUUGGGUGCUUAUUCUAAUCUGGUCCGCGCGAUCCCUGAACGCGGUAUCCAGUGACACGGUCUUGGCACAGUCGAGGAAGGAGCCGUCGAAGCGCGAUCGUCGUGUUAGUGUGGUUGCUGCUCCUGAGGGCGCAGUUGUGGAACUCGCGAACGAGCAGACGCAAGAGACGCUACAGAAGCAGGCUUCGUACAAGGAUAAUCGUAUUUCGACGCAAGCAGAACUCAACGAAUCGAUAGAGUUGUCUCAUGUGCGAGGAACUGUUCGGGUGACGCAAAAUGCUGCUGCGGCCGAGAUCGAGACGAAAGGGUUAACAAGCUUUGACCGUGCAUUGACUAGGGAUCCGCUAAUGACCCGGAAGGCACGAUCACAGAAAGCAGAAGAUGACGUUCAAGAUUUGCAUUUGCCGUCAAUAGAUGAGACAACACCCCGAAAUCUUACGUGCUUGGGCUGGAUAGCUACUGACGAGUGUAGUCCGUUUGGUCCGCGCAAGCCUGAUAAGGACCUUGGCUGCAGUAGCAAGAUUCCGUUCGGCAGCUCAGGAUAUUGUCAAGUAAUCGACACAGAAACAGGCGAACGGUUUCGAGUCAUGCGAAGCUAUUGUAGUAGCGCUGCAUGGGACGUGAAGGUUAGCUGCUCCGCUGCUGCUCACUUUACCAACUUUCACCGCGAGGCUCGUAAAGCGAUCAAAACUGUGCGUUUGCCGGGAUCUAGAAUACCAAAUGUACCAGAAAACCUCAAUGGGAGGCAAGGGCAGCGUGAUGGAAUUGUGAUGGUCGUGUAUCCAAGGUUGGUACCUAGUGCGUACGCAACGAUCAGGACAUUGCGAGAGGUGCAGCAGUGUCAACUGCCAAUCGAAAUAUGGUAUCUUGAUACCGAAUUUGAAAAAGCAUCGGAUGCGAUGAAACCACUGCAAGCAUUGGCAGCGAACGAUAACACGCCAGUCAUUACUUUUCGUAAGAUCUUGGAUCAGCGUGCAUCUGGCUUCAGUGCGAAGGUAUUUGCAAUUUACCACAGUCACUUUGAGCGUAUUUUGUUUCUGGAUGCAGACAACGUGCCUUCGAAAAACCCCAAUUUUCUGUUUAGUUCACCGGAGUUUGUGGAGACCGGAGCUGUGUUCUGGCCGGAUUUUUGGCACCCUGGACAUACCAUCUUCAAUAUUAACAACCAGUCGCUUUUGUGGGAAUUUCUUGACAUGCCUUUCGUUGACAUGUUUGAGCAAGAGAGUGGCCAAAUUUUGAUUGAUCGCCGACGUCAUGCAGAAGCACUGGAGCUUGUUAAGUUUUACACCUUCCACCGGCCGUCGUGUUUCGUCCAGAUGAAACUCGUUUACGGAGACAAAGAUCUCUUUCGUCUCGCGUGGCUAAAGCUUGCCGCUCCGUUUCAUAUGAUUAAUACGCCGCCGGCGAUAGCAGGAAAAAUCAUGAACGGGAGUUUCUGCGGCUUGACCAUGGUGCAACACGAUGCCCAAGGUGACGUGCUCUUCCUGCACCGCAACUCGCAUAAGCUUAUGGGAGAGCCUCUCCGAGAACAACUUAGCUACAAGUCUCGAGCAAUUGCGUGGUCAAAAAAGAAGAUUGAGGUUCGGCAGAAGUUUCGACAAGAGGGCAAACCGAUUCCAAGUUGGUCGGAGCUGAAGCCAAUUGUUCAGGCGGACGAACUUCCAGCACCGACAUUGGAAGCUCCCGAGCCUGACGGACUCCCAGAUUCAGUCGUGUGGACACACCUACUGUCGUUCAACAGUAGUUUUAAGCGGGAGAAAUACUAUGUGAAGACAUAUUUUGCCUACCCGGAUUUUCCUCGAUCGCAGAACUGCUACGGCCAGCGUAAUGUGAGCAUGGCCGAACACUUUUACGCACAAAACAUGGCUAAUCUGCCAUUUGCCGGGCUUGAGAUGAAUUUGCGUCGCUUCGCUGCAGAGGCGAUGAAGAUUAAGCAGACGUAG